UUGUAAUUUUCCCCUCGCUGCACUUCUUCCCUCCCACUCCCAGCAGGCCCUCACCUUUCUUCAUUUAUCUCUCUCGAUCAGAUUCCCCCUUCUGCUUGCUUUCUCACCUUUUUCUCUCUUCUUCAACCUUUCUUCUUCUUCCUUUCACUUCAAUGGCUUCCACUUCUGGAGAUGGAUCCUCUCCCGAUCCACCCACCUCCAACGAUGCCGAGCUGCCUCCAAUCUAAUGUAUUCCGCCGCCCCUAUCUCUCCUGCCGCUGUCGCCGCCCACUCCCUCUCACAUUCUCUUGCCUCUCCGAGCAAACCACAGUUUCUUAUUCUGUUUUUUCUCUCGCUUUUUCGACCCUCCCAAGGAAGAUUAAUAUCAUACACAAUGCAGUGUUGCACAAAAGUUGCAUUAUUCACAUCUCCCUCCAAAACAAGGCUCAUCCUCAGGCUCUUCCGUGGCCUCCCACUUCAGGUUCAUCAUUGUCCAACUCAGGAACAUUUCCUCUAUGUUAAGCUCAAUAUCGGUUACGACCCCUUUUCUCAGCUUUCUUACAUGGAAAUCUCCCAAAAUUUCUUUGAGGCUAUGAAAGCUUGUACAUUAAUUGGAUCGAGAUCCAUUGCGUCAAAGCUUCAUGGUCAACUUAUCUCCACUGGUUUGUGCUCCUCUGUAUUCCUCCAAAACCAUCUCUUACACAUGUACUCAAAAUGUGGGUUAAUACAUGAGGCUUUUCAGAUUUUCUUGGACAGCAAGCAACGCAAUGUCAUUACUUGGAAUACUAUUCUUAAUGGGUUGUUGGAUUCUGGUCGUGUAAGGGACGCAGAGAAGAUGUUUGAUGAAAUGCCCCUUAGAGAUCCUGUUUCUUGGACUGCAAUGAUGUCGGGCUACUUCCGUAAUGGUCAAGCGAUGGACACUAUUAAACUUUUUGUUUCGAUGUUUCGGGAUUCAGAUUAUGUUCCUGACUUGUUUUGUUUCUCUUGUGCAAUGAAGGCUUGUAGUAGUGUUGGUUACAUAAGGAUAGCUCAUCAGUUGCACGGUCUCUCAGAGAAAUAUGGGUUUGGAAACAACAAAGUCAUCCAAAAUUCUGUCAUUGAUAUGUAUAUUAAGUGUGAUGCUAUUUAUGCUGCUGAGCAAGUGUUUCUAAGGAUAGAAAAGCCAAGCUUAUUUAGUUGGAAUUGUAUGAUCUAUGGUUACUCUAAAUUGCACGAGAUGAGACGGGCAGUUGACACUUUUAGACAAAUGCCUGAACGUGAUUCCGUCUCUUGGAACACAAUCAUUUCAGCAUUUUCUCAACGUGGUUUGCACACAAAGAGCCUUGGUACAUUUGUUGAGAUGUGGAUUCAGGGUUGUCAACCAAAUUCAAUGACAUAUGCAAGCGUUCUUAGUGCAUGUGCUAAUAUCUAUGAUUUUCAAUGGGGUAAACAUUUGCAUGCUCGAAUCGUCCGCAUCGAACCCUUUUUGGAUGUUUUGGUGGGGAAUGGAUUGGUCGAUAUGUAUGCAAAAUGUGGACUCAUUGAUGCCUCAAAAAGGGUAUUUAACACAUUAAGGGAACGCAAUGUAGUAACCUGGACGUCACUAAUCAGUGGAAUUGCACACUUUGGUAGUCAAGAAGAAGUUUAUGAUAUUUUUUAUCGAAUGAGAAAAGAUUGUGUUAUUUUGGAUACUUUCAUUCUUGCAACCAUUCUUGGUGUAUGUGAAGGAGAAAAAAAUAUUUCUAUUGGGGAGCAAUUACAUGGAUUUACAGUGAAAACUGGGAUGAAUUCAUCUGUGCCUGUAGGCAAUGCUACUUUGUCAAUGUAUGCAAAAUGUGGAGAUUUUGAGAAGGCAAGUCUUGCUUUUGAAACAAUGGCUGCUCACGAUGUUAUUUCAUGGACAACAAUGAUCACUUCGUUCACCCGCAGUGGCAAUGUAGAAAGAGCACGGGAUUAUUUCAACCGAAUGCCGGAGCGUAAUGUCAUAAGUUGGAAUGCGAUGUUAGGUGCAUAUUGUCAAAACAGUUUUUGGGAAGAAGGUUUAAAAUUGUACAUUCUCAUGCAAAGACAGGAAGUUAGGCCAGAUUGGAUCACCUUUGUCACCACGAUCAGUGCUUGUUCUGAGUUAGCGAUUUCAAAACUUGGAACACAAAUUCUAUCCCAAGCUGUUAAAGUAGGGCUUGGUUCUGAUGUUUCAGUUGCCAACAGUGCAAUUACCUUAUAUUCCAGAUGUGGUAGAAUUGAAGAAGCGCAGAAAAUUUUUGACUCAAUACAAGAGAAAAACUUGGUUUCUUGGAACUCAAUAAUGGGAGGAUAUGCUCAAAAUGGUGAAGGCAGGAAGGUGAUUGAAGUUUUUCAGAACAUGUUGAUGGUUGGUUGCAGACCUGAUCAUAUCACGUAUAUAGCAAUUCUCUCAGGUUGCAGCCACUCGGGCCUUGUAAAAGAAGCAAAAUAUCAUUUUAACUCCAUGACUAAAGAUUUUGGCAUCUCUGCAACUCCUGAGCACUUUGUGUGUAUGGUAGAUCUGUUUGGUCGAGCUGGGUUACUAAAGCUGGCUUUGGAUUUGAUUGAUCAAAUGCCAUUUAAGCCGAAUGCCAGUAUAUGGGGUUCUCUACUCAGUGCUUGUAGGAUCCACCAUGACACUGAAAUGGCAGAGCUGGCAAUGAAGAACUUGCUAGAAUUGAACACGGAAAACUUUGAAAGUUACAUUCUGCUUGCAAAUGCCUACUCUAGUUCUGGGAGACUGGAAUGCGUUUCUGAGGUGAGACAAGUGAUGAAAGAGAAGGGAGUACAGAAGGAUCCUGGCUGCAGCUGGAUAGAGGUGUGCAACAGGGUCCAUGUAUUUACUGCGAAUGAAACAAGUCAUCCACAAAUGAAGGAUAUUUACAAGGCAUUGGAAGACAUUGUUAAGAAGAUCAAAGAUGAUUAUGGUUAUGUUGAUAGGUCAAGUUUUGUUGGGUAUCAUAGUGAGAAGCUUGCUAUUGCUUUUGGUUUGAUCAGCUUGCCUGAUUGGAUGCCAAUCUAUGUGAUGAAAAACCUUCGAGUUUGCAAUGAUUGUCACCAGGUGAUGAAAUUGAUUUCUCUUGUUGUCAUGAGGAAACUUGUUGUGCGGGAUGGGCACCGAUUUCAUCACUUGGAGAAUGGAAGUUGCUCUUGUGGAGAUUACUGGUAGUUAUAAAGUCGAGUUCUGAUUCUUUGAUUUAUGGAAGGAAAGGAUGCUUGGAAGAGAGAUUGAAAAGAAAUUGUGGAUAGGGUUUGAAAGAGAUAGACUUGUUGGAAAAGAAGAUUCUUCUCUAAAGGUGGUAGUGGUAAACUAUGUACUUAGCGCCGAGCGGGAUCCUUAUUUACUGCUUCUACUUUAUUUACUGCUUCUACUUUUUAUUCUCUGCCUAUUCAGUUUGUAAAAGUAUUGAGAGAUUUCUUGUGCGAAGAGGUGGAUGAGAUAAAGGAGCGCACCUUGUAAGUGGUGAUUGGGAAGCCUAUGAACUUGGGAGGGCUUGAGAUUGAGAAUUUACAAACUUGUAACAAAGCUCUAGUCGCAAAAUAGCUUUGAUGUUUUCCCCUCUUGUCUAGCUCCCUGUGGUGGAGGAUUAUUGCGAGUAAGUAUGGGUGGCACCCCUUUGAUUGGUUGUUAGGUGGCUUUAAAGGCGCACAUAAAAAUCUUAGGAAGAAUAUUUCUUUUGAGGUGCCAUCUUUUCUUUUCUUGAUCUUGUUCAUGGCAUCGUUGAGGGAAAGGAAUUUGUUUUUGGAGGGUCAAUGAGUGGGGACACUAGAAGAAAUAUGGUCUUUGAUGUCGAAUGGAAAAAAUAAAAACGGAUGUUUAAUGUCAGGUUUUAAAAUGCGGAUGUUUAAUGUCAGUUUUAAACCGACAUCGAAGAGGAAUGAUUAAUGUCGGUUUAAAGCUGACAUUAAAGUUAUUUUUUAUUUUUUUAUUUUUGUAAAAUUAUUUUAUUAUCAAAAUUAUAUAUAAGUUAAGUUUAGAGUUUGUUGUUUUUUUUAACCCACUGGCAGCCGCUCGGUCCCCCUUCCCUCCAUCUCUCUUUGUCUCGACAUCUCGCAUCUCAUCUUCCUCCAGGCUCCAUCUUCCAUCUCCUCUUCUUCCAUCUCUUCGAUCUCCACCACCGUGUUGACCAGUUGCUCUUCUCUCUUCGUACAAUUUUCAUUAACCUCUCUCUUCGUAUGAUUUGCCUCAACAUCUCUCUUCAUACGUUUAAUCCUAAAUUUUAGAAUUCGGAGGGUAUUUUUGAAGUUAUGUCAUCAUCUUCUUCUUUACUAUUAGGGGCUAGGAAUCGUGAAACGCUAAACAGAGACGGAGUAGUAGGUGCUUGGCCAGCGGUGAGUCUUCAGAUUAGGAGACGGAUUUACAGCUUUACCUGUGGUUCUUUAUCUGUAAUGUAGGUACAUUCUUCAUGCUGAUGUUAUAUUUGUACAUAGUUUUAUUUUAGGGAAAUUACCAAAAAAAUUUGAUCUUAUCUUGAUGUUAUAUUUGAGUUGAAAUUAAUAUUCGGUCUUUCACUGUUGCUUGACGAUAUAAAAAUCGCUGAGAUCAAAAUCCAACCAGAAGUGAGGAAGAUGAGAAGAUCAACAAGGAAGCAAGACAAGUUUAUGAAGAGGAAAUUCAUGAGAAGUUUCCGUUCAUUGGAGCCAACUUUUCCAAAUGUAAUGUUUGUAUUUACUUUGAUUCUGAACGAGGUUGAGAUGGAGGUUGAAAUAUUGAAGUUGUGUCUAUUUCCAAAACUGUAGCAACUCAUGGCGGCGGUGACCCAAUGACAACAAUGUCCAAUUAGCUAAUUUGGACUCUCCAAUGUAGACAACCAGCUCUCUCAAUGUAAAUUUUUUUUUACAAAUGAUGCUCAAUGUAACUUGUUGAUAGGUUAGUUAAACUUCUUGCUUUGUUGUUGGAGUCAAAGUUAUUGUAUAUAUAAUCACACUAUUAAGAUUUCAUUUUGUAUAUUCACAUGUAAAACAACAAUAUUUAUAGUUUCUAAAAGAAUAUUUAUUUUAUUGA